AAUUAAUGUGAUACGGAGGAUAGUAUAAACCUUUUUAGUUCUAAGUACUUGAUAAUUUCUGUUUCCCCCGCCUAUUUCUGCCAUCUCAUGUCUCCAAAGCCGCCAUCAGGACCGCCGCUUCGCAACCUUCAUAGAAAGCCCACCUUUCUCCCUGACUUCAUCUUCACCGCUCUCUCCAUCUUCAUUGUCUUCUCCACUUCCAGCCCCGCUAACAUUAUUCUCCACAAAAUCUCGCCGCUCAUCUCUUUCCCGCGUAAGUUCCUUAAAAUCUCCUCCAUGUCCUCUCCGCCCAAUUCGAAUCGUCUCAGAAACCCUAACCCCCCCUUCCCAAAUCCGCAGUCCCUUUCCGAUUGGCUGAAUUCCCGUUUGCCACCGCACUCCUUCGCUUCUUGGGGUGUAAAGCCAGGCACAAAGAACGUUAACAAUCUCUGGCUUGAGAUCUACGAGGGCGAAAGCUCGUUGUCCGAUUCCACGCCUCCAAUUCGGACCCUAGAGGUCGUGGUGGUUCGGGUCAUCGGGAAAGACAGCAGAGUCCUUGUCGAAUCGCACCAAGAAUUGUCUGAUGGCAGUGUCCGGGAUCGGUGCCGACCGUUAUCGGAGAAAAUGAAAUCCGGCGAGACUGUCGAAGAAGCCGUUCUUCGUGCAAUUAAAGAAGAGUUGGGCUCGAUAAUUAGCCAGGAUUCCGAGAUUGAUGGGAUUGUGAGAAUAGUGCCGAAUUCGUAUGUGAAGAAGGUGGAGGAGGGGGUUUCCGUUUCGUACCCGGGAUUGCCCGCUUGCUAUGUUCUGCACACCGUUGAUGCCACGGUGGAAGGUCUGCCGGAAGGAGAUUUCUUCACGGAAGAGGUUGAAGAAUAUGGUGUUAAAGAUAAUGGAGUUGUAAAGGGAGCCAUUUCAUGUAAGAAGCAUUAUUGGAAAUGGGUGGAUUCAAGUUUGAAUUGUUGAAUCAUUAGUGGUGGUUUCACGCCUCUUCUUCCAAGAUUGCGUUUUUGGAUUGUUAUACUUAUAGACUUGUAUUCAUUAGUGCUUUUUGUUCUUUUCUGGUUUUCCCAGAGGUCCUAAAGAAGAACUGUUUAGUGUUUGCUACUGUACUGUUUACUACUGUACUGUAUAUACUCCUUAUGGCUAAAGAGUUGAAGCUGAAAUAAAUUCAGAGUUAUAUGCAUUUAUGACUUCCAU